AUGGCCAUCAGCCAAGAUCUCAUCCGAGUUGUGUUCUGCCUCACGUUCCUUCUGAUUCAGGUGGGAUCGACGGGGAUCUUCCAUCUCAAGAUAUAUGACCUAGCAAGCGCAAACACCCUCUGCAACGCAACACAAGUGAAUCCUUGCAACACAUAUGUCAGGGCGUGUUUGUCACGACAAGGCGCAAAACAAUGUCGGCUCGGGUCGUUCGUCAGCGACGUUCUCGUAAACGGCACACUGGAUACCCCGCUGAUGACACAAUUCACAUUCGACCAAGCUUGGCCGGAGAAAUUCGAGCUCGCAGUGGAACAAUGGCUCGUUGUAAACGCGUCGGACGUUGCCGUGGCUCAGUCUGAAGGUUUCCGGCAGCGGAGCCGUCUUGCCCGAAGGAAGCGGACUCGCGUUGUCGAAUCAUUGAGGAACGCCGCUCUGUACACUUUAGAAUGGGCAGCGAAGAUGAUUUUCACCAUUCCGGAUCGUCUCAUCAAAGACAAGAAGAGAACGGAUUCAUCGAUUUCACGAACGGUGCAAGACAACCACAACGGGAAGCUGUUGGCACGGUUUGUGGUCCGCAAAAGUCUACCGGUCGGCUCAGCCCCGGUGAACUGGAAAGAGGACUCUAAGGUGGGCCGAAUGUCGAUCGAGUUUCGAGUUUCUUGUAGCGAAGGCUAUACAGGAGCUACCUGCGUCGAAACUUGCCCGGGACUGAAUGACGUCAAUGCCAGAUUCAAUUGCACCGAAGGAGGCCGGAAAAUAUGCUCGGAAGGCUGGUCCGGUCUGGAAUGUGAUAAGGCGGAAUGCAGAGAAGGUUGUAGUGCUGAACAUGGAUACUGCAAUCAACCUGGUGAAUGCCGGUGUAUGCGCGGCUGGCAAGGAACGAAUUGCACGGAGUGCAUAAAAUUCCCGGGCUGUUUGCACGGGACCUGCAGCAACCCCUUCGAAUGUAAUUGCGACGAAGGCUGGAGUGGACUCUUCUGUCAACGACCCAUCUGCAAAAAGCAGUGCCAUCCGACCAGAGGAUUCUGCGAUCGGCCGGACACCUGCUCGUGCCGCUUCGGAUGGACUGGAAAUAACUGCGACCAGUGCAAGCCGCUCCCGGGCUGCAUAAAUGGUUACUGUACGAAACCGUUGGACUGUUUGUGCCAACCCGGCUGGACCGGUCUGUUCUGUCAUCUUCGUAAGUCGACCUGUUCCGUUGACUGCCAUCCCGAGAACGGCUUCUGUGAUAGACCCGAAGAGUGCAGAUGUCGCGUUGGGUGGACGGGACCAAAGUGCACUGAAUGCGUCCCGUAUCCUGGUUGUGUUCAUGGCAGCUGCGUUAAACCGUGGGAAUGCGUCUGCAAUCCGGGUUGGGCUGGCAGGCUCUGUGACAAAGCGGCUCCCGCGACAUCGACCGAAACGCCAGCGACCGAUUCAACCAGCGAGAAGCCUCCUUGCUUAGCCAAAGGUGACGGGACUGUCGAGUGUCCAGAGAACCCCGGGACUAAUUCGACUGACUGCGUCGGAGAUGACUGCAACCAGUCGGAACUUCUCUAUCGUCUGUGA